AUGUCCGGGUAUAAUAUCGACCGGUUUGUCAACUUGAGUGAAGGGGAAAGGGAUGAACUGACGUGUAGUUGCAAAGAGGUCGUCAAAUUGGAACAUUUAACCCAGCACACUACCAAAUAUCUCAGGCAUGUCACCAGCGAGAGCUCAAAAUACUACCCAAAAUUCAGAGAAAAGUUGGAUGACGAGUUUGGUGAUAAUUGGCACGUAAUCGUUGGCAAACGAUAUGAAUACGAUUCCUUCUAUAGUUAUAAAAGGGCUAUUUUGAUGAUUUUAAGCGGAGGUUUCAAAGUGGAAAAAUAAGGCCUGAAUUUGAUAUUCUAUUCAACGAAAUGAAUGAAACAAUGCUAUCGGAUGUGAAAACGAUUGUAUUCGAUGCCAUUCAUAAAAGUAAUGAUUUUGUCGAGAUGACAAGGAAUAUUGGUUGUGAAAUGAUAAGCAAAUACCCUACUUAUAUCUGGCAAACAAGUACAGUGGAUUUUUAUGGGAGCUACUACAUUUUCAAAGAAAGUGGGACACGCAUAACUUUUAAAAUAGGAAAUGUUACCUUUCUUAUAUUUGGAACUAAAAAAUAAGAUAAUUAGUAGUAAUUACUAAUUACUAAACUUUAAUAGUAAUUAUCACUCGUAUCAAGACUUACAGUACACAAUCCAGUGCAGUAUAAUCCAUAAAAUGAAAAAAUAUAUUUAUAUUUUAAUUUAGGAAAUUAAAAUUUGACAACAAAAUCCUUAC